AUGGGAAUGGACAAUCAAGAAAUGGGAAUAUUGGCAAAAAUGACACAAAAGGGGAAUGUGAUUUCCCCAGUUCUAGAAAAGCAGCAUCUAGCUCAAUCAUGUGUUUUAGAGGAAUUGCCUCAACAUUCUCCUCUUCUUGCUCCUGAACUUCAAGAUAAUUUUCUCCAAAGAGAGCCUUGUCAGUCAAAUUCAACAGAAAAACAGAACGGGUUGGAAAUGGCUACUCUUGAAGAACUGCCACAGCAGUGUCAUAUUCCUGCUCCUGAAGAUCAAUCUAAUGCCAUACUCCAAAGUAAGCCAAAUGCAUCUAGUCCUUGUAUUGCUCAGGCAAAAGAAAAACAGUUGAUGGAUGUCGAACAGUCUACUGCAAAACAUCAAGAGGCAGUGGCAGUCCAGUUGAUUGACUUGAGCAGUGAUGAUGACAACCAGAAGUCGAGUUAUGCAAUAGGGAAGCGAAAAAUCGAGGACUCAGAAAGCUCAGAAUGGCAUUGUUUAGGCCCCAAUGGCGAAAGGAAGGGUCCCCAUACACUCUCACUGCUCAAGUGCUGGAGUGAGGUCAGCCCUUUUGCAUUGAAGUUCAAGGUUUGGAAAACAAGUCAAACCAAAGAAAAUUCAAUUUCAUUGAGUGAUGCUAUUAAGCUGGCUUUCCCGUGAUCUAGAAGUUGAAACUGUUCAACGAUCAAGAAAGAACUUCCUCCAAAUAUGUAAAUGAACUAUGCAAAAACUUUUUGUUCAUCAGUGUCUAGUGAGCAGGUCCAAUUUUGGGAAAUGGACUUUACCUCACAGGAAGCCAUGUAUUACUGAAAGUAGACGUUUUUAUGAUGCCAUCGUAAAGAAAGGGUGUAUAUAUAGUAUAAACGACGUUUGUAGGUAUAUUUUGGUAUA